GCAGCCUCGGUCACACAGGAAAAGGAGGUUCUUACCUCUUAUAUCUGUCAUUCAGUCUGAUACUCAGUCAGUCAGCAGUGAAACAACAUGGAGGUCACAGCUCUCUGCCUCAGACUGAUGAACGUGUUGCUGCUGCUCGUUGUACAACUUCACCUCAGUUAUUCUCAGAAAGCUGACGCAGCCUUUCCUCAGGUUGUUCCAAACAGACAACAGCACUUUGAAUAUGAGCCCAUUACUGUCAGCUGUGAGGGACUGGAGGGACUGACUGGGUGGAGAGUGAUGAGGAAGACCAAGGGAGUCAGUACAAUUUGUUCCUCUACCUGGGAGACAUCAACAGGACCCUGUCAAAUUAAAACUGCAUACAAAGCAGACAGUGGGGAAUACUGGUGUGAAAUGGGGGGUGUGAAGAGAAGCAACUCUGUCAGCAUCACUGUUACUGAUGGUCCUGUGAUCCUGGAGAGUCCUGUUCUCCCUGUGAUGGAGGGAGAUAAUGUGACUCUGCGCUGUAGAAAGAAGCAGACGUCCUUCACCCUCACAGCUGGAUUCUAUAAAGAUGGUUUGUUCCUGGGGAGCAGCUCUACAGGAGAACUGAUCAUCCACAGUGUGUCCAGGUCUGAUGAAGGACUGUACAGGUGCAGCAUCUCUGGAUCUGGAGAGUCAGCAGAGAGCUGGCUGACUGUCAGAGCUUAUAAAGAUCCUCAGCCUUCCCCUGAUCAUCCCCUUCAUCAUCCCUCUCAUGAACCUCCUCAUCACCCACCUCAAAAUCCCCCCCAGUUCUAUCUGCUGCUCGGACUUGGUGUCAGUGUUUUGUUGGUGGCUCUGCUGCUGUCGGUCGGACUGCUUCAAUGUAGGAAACAUCAAAAGACCAUCAGAGGUGUCUCAGCCUCUCCUUCCUCUGCCCAGUCCUCCUCUCCUCCACAAACAGGGGCCAGUGUAACUGAACCAAGCCAGGAAACAUACGCUGUCAUCACAAAACCCAGGAAAGAGAAAGUGUCUGUAGAUUCCAGAGUAGCUGAACCAAGUGAGGCAACAUAUGCUGUCGUCAAGAUAGCAAGACCCAAGGAGAAAAAAGAUGAGGAGAAAUCGUUGGUUGUUUACCACACCUUAAGCCUGGCUGACACUUUGAUGAGUGUGCUGCUGCUGUUGGUUACACAAGUCGAGUUCAUUUGUUCUGGCAAAUCAGACGCAGCCUUUCCUCAGGUUGUUCCAAACAGACAACAGCACUUUGAAUAUGAGCCCAUUACUGUCAGCUGUGAGGGACUGGAGGGACUGACUGGGUGGAGAGUGAUGAGGAAGAUCAGGGGAGUCAGUGCUAUAUGUUCCUCUACCUGGGAGACAUCAACAGAACCCUGUCAAAUUAAAACUGCAUACCCAACAGACAGUGGAGAAUACUGGUGUGAAAUGGGGGGUGUGAAGAGAAGCAACUCUGUCAACAUCACUGUCACUGAAAGAAGCAGACGUCCUCCAUCCUCACAGCUGGACUUCUAUAAAGACGGUAUCCAUAUGAAGACGGGUUAUGAAGGACAGCUGACCAUCAACAGUGUCUCCAGGUCUGAUGAAGGACUGUACAGGUGUAACAUCUCUGGAUCUGGAGAGUCAGCAGAGAGCUGGCUGACUGUCAGAGCUGGUUCUGUGAUCCUGGAGAGUCCUGUUCUUCCUGUGAUGGAGGGAGAUAAUGUGACUCUGCGCUGUAGAAAGAAGCAGACGUCCUCCAACCUCCCAGCUGACUUCUAUAAAGACGGCAUCUAUAUGAAGACGGGUUAUGAAGGACAGCUGACCAUCCACAAUGUCUCCAGGUCUGAUGAAGGACUGUACAGGUGCAGCAUCUCUGGAUCUGGAGACUCAGCAAAGAGCAGACUGACUGUCAGAGCAGCUGAUGAAGACCCUCAGCCUUCCCCUCAGCCUUCCCCUCAUCAUCCCUCUGAGGCUCCUCCUCAGCUCUAUCUGCUGCGCUGCACUGGUGUCAGUGUUAUGUUGGUGGUUUUGUUGAUAUUGGUGGGACUGCUUCAGUGUGACAAUAAGGUAUUCAUCAGACUUAGAGAGAAUAAAUUGUGACAGUUAAAACAAAACACAACUUAGUUCUACCUGUGUUACAAAACAUGUAGCAUACAGUCGAUGCCAGCGAGCGCUGAAGCUGUAUUUUUAAGCUAGUAAUUCAGCUGAGGUUUGCAGCAGUGCCUAUGAAGCAGUGUAGUCUUGGUGUCACAACCAUAAGAUGGUGAGAACCACUGUAUUACUCAGCUGAUAUUUAUAAAGAGCCAGGUUAGACUGUGUCUGUUUGAGAAGCUGCAGGCGCUGGUGAUAAUUUAAGCUUCUUGUUUAGCAUCUCAGACAAAAACCACAUGAGAUACCCACAGAUGGAAACAGGUAGAUGAGCCCCACAGUUCAGCGUGCAGCAGCUCAUGGGUUAACAACCACCAACAAAAUACGACUUGUUAAUUAGAUGUAUUCUUAUCAGGACACAAGUACUCUAAACCACCUUAUAGCUUCAUGAUGAAUUUGAUCUCGAUGCACCUGUAUUACAGUAAAUAACACUGGAGGAGACUAAAUGUCUCUGGUCAAACUGUAAACUGAUGGAGUAGAAAAUCAAACUUUUGUCUCUAAUAUGAAUCUCCUGUAGUUUUUUUUUUUUUAUAGCAAAUGACGAUUUCAUGACACUGUUUCAUUUAAGAAACAAUUUCAGAAAAAAAGCAAAAAAAUACUGUUCAUCACUAGAACUCAACCAAGCUAAUUUAAUGUGUUAUAGUUUUUACUGUAGAAUGAAGUUUUUAUCAUCAUUUCUAACCCAUGUGUUGAGGAGUUGUCUGGGAGCAGUGAAACCACUCUGUUCUGUCUGUUCACAUACGCUGUUUAAAAUAAAAGAGCUGCUGCUGCUUUUAAAUACUCUCACUGUGGUCUCAUGUGUGACAAAAGCUACGUGAUAUUGACCAUCGACUUAAUGUCAGACCUCCCAUGUGAAGGAGGGGAAGCAGUAUGACAAUUAAAAACUGAUAAUAAAAAAAAAAAUCCACUUAAUAUUAGGGAAUGCUGUAUUUCUUCACUGUAUGAAAAUAAAAUACAAUCAAAACAAUUUUUGGUGCAGAAGAAGAAAAUAAUGUGAACUUUCUGACUGUUUUAUGUAUUACUGUUUAUAAUGUGUUUGUGUUUUGUGCAGUUUGUUACAGCUGAGUUUUCUGUAUUUCAAAGGGUCAUUCAGGUUAUUGGAAAUGAGUUUGAGCUCUGAAUGUGAUUGUUUAUGACAAUGGUUCAGGCUGUACACUUGUCACUUGUGUAAAGAUUAUUCAAUAAAAAAAAUAUGUUACACAAUAAGACACUGGUGUAAUUAUAUAAUGUUUGUGUUGUAAAUAGUAAUAAU